AUGGACACUGAAGACACCCUAGCGAGGGCCACGAGGAGGAAUCGGGCACUCCAGCAGUUGCUCAAAACACUCAUCGAGAGCAAUCGGCUCAGCAAGCCUGAAACAGAGAAACAGAAAGAGGUAAGUGAGCCAUAUAGAGAUGCCUUGCACAAAGAGCUCAGCGACAGUGAAACAGAAGAGGCAGGCAAGGACACAACAAGGCAAACGUUUUUCGAUGAGUUCAAGAGCAAUAUUGAACAGAUCAAGAAGAGUAAUUAUUUGCCGCCACGGAAACCUCGACAAGAAGCAUCGGAGCUGACUGGUAGGAACGAGAAGGGUGCCUCAGUCCAGUUCACCGCCGACACCGUCCCCCGGCACAAUGACAUGCUUGUAUCGAAAUUAGAGAGGCAGAGCAUCACAAUAGAGACACUUGAAGCAGAUAUACGCAAACUACGAACACAAAACCAGCAAUUGCGGGAAUCGAACUACGGGCUCAGAGAGCGAGUGAAAGCAGCAGAAGCCCAGCGCAAGAGCGUGGCAAUUGCCGGAGAGACAGUCUCAGCGAACCCCAUGGCAACAAAACCAAAUCUACAGAAACAGCAACAUGUGCAACCUCAACAACCACUACCUAGCUCACAAGCGUUGCUCGUGGAGAGAGACGAGCUCAGGACAAGGGCACAGGAGGCAGAAGCUACCGUGGAGAGGCAGCAGCACACUAUCGAUGGGCUUCGCGCGGGCUUGAGCGAGAUGCACAGUCGAUACGUCGGGGCCAAGCAGAAGUUGGAAGCCAGCGUCGACAUUUGCGCGUUCCAAGAGAAGGUAAUAAUUGAUUUAAAGAAAGCGAAGGGCACAGAAAGGCAGAAGAACUUGGAACUAGACUCCACAGAAGAGCUUCUCGAUGGAGGUUGGGCGAACAAGCACAUAGACAGUGGCUGCGAAAAGUCCCCGGCGGGGGAUUGCGGAAGCAGAUCAAACAUACCAGGAGCCACAAACGACCCAGAUCACGUUUCAGUUCCCUUUGACGUGAAGAACGACAUUGGCAACGACAGCGACGGCACAACCACGCAGCUCAUGCGAGGCCCCUUGCGACUCCCCUCCCCCUACGACCACUUGGGACCAAAUUGCCCACUGCUGCCUCGCUCGAGAUUUAGGGCGGGAGCGCUCGCAGUGCUCUUCUGUGUACGUGUGAGCCAAGCCGCCAGGGCCAGAACGAAUCGCACAAAGGGCCAAGUUUGGCGGUAG